AUGUCCAACUUGAACGAAGAGUACGGCCCGGAAGACAUGGCCUGGGUCGCGGCCGAUGCUCAGAUGAGGGAAGAACAAGAUCUGAAUCGUGCCCUUGAAGCAAGUCGAGCUUCCGCAGGAAUCGGGGUACCACCGCGUCCAACGAGCGCUAGGGUCACAAGACAAUUCGAGGCGGAGGACGAGGAGAUUCUUGUUGCGCUCGACAUUAGCCGGAUAGAAGCAGAAGACGCGGCCCAGAGACGCAAUACAGACGCGGAAGCGGAUCAACAACGCUUUCUCGAGGCUCAAAGGCAGUCGGAGCUCGAAGCACGAGCUGCCGAUCAAGAACGCGAGCAUACUUUUGUUGCCCAUGAAGCUCAAAGGCAGUCGGGGCGUGAAGCACUAGCCGCUGAUCAAGAACGUGAAGCUACUCGCAAAGCUGAACUACAGUCUCUGAAAGAUGAGCGUGCUCGGGCUCAAGAUGCACGAUUACGCCAAGAGGCCUUGGAUCAGGCCAUCGUCGAGAGCAAAGUGGCUGCCGAGACUGAGCAGCAGCAUUAUGAACAAGAAUCUGCGCGCCUUCAGGAGGCAUACAGUUUGCGCGGCCUGAGUGAAGAAGAGCAGCUGCAGAUGGCGAUAAGCCAGAGUCAAGACGUAGAGCAUUCUCGUGAAGUUGCACAGGUCGGGCAACUUCGAGAGGAUAUGCUACGCUGCGUAAACGAGCAAGGACAAACUUCUGCACCAUCAGGCGAGCCAUCGGCUACCCAGCAUCCAGAAGACCUCCCAGUGUUGGGGGCCAUGGCGUCCUACCCCCCGGGUCCAGUCACAGAGCAGGAACAAAGGAGUGUGGCCGACGCUCAGGAGGCCAUUGACAAUCCGAAUAUACUCUAUCGGCCUUUGACACCGAUCUCAGAGGCAUCUGCAUCGCGACCGCCAAGUCUGCGAUCAGCGACACAUUCCCGAGCCCAAAUCCCUGGCCGUACCGUCGCCACACACACGAUGGAUCACAACAGGGUGGGUGCGAUGCUUUUACACCCGCUGGGCGGAAUUCCUACGCCACCGGCCUCCGAAAGAAGCAGAUCGUCCAUCCGAUCGGUCUCCUCAGGCCGUCCACCGUCGUAUCAGACGAUAGAAGAGAACCCUGCGCGGAGAGUGGAGUCGUUUGAGGCACCCCACGAUGUCCCGAACGAGUCGCAGCCCAGCGAAGAGCCUCGAUAUCCCGGCGCUUAUCCUCCGUCUCCUUCCCAGGCCAGUUCGGCGGCUGCUAAUACGGUACUCCAUUCAAGACCGAUUGCUGGGACACCCUUACUUCCAGGAGCAUAUCCUCCUUCCUACGCGAGCAGUAGAGCACCUCGCAGCGAGGCGAGAGUAUUCUCUGAGACGCCUGUGCAAGAAAGUGUUGUGUCUCGACGCCCGUUGGGUAACAGGGGACCCAGCAUUGUGUCUAUGCGAAGCGAAUCGUUCUCUGGCGCAUAUCCGCCAUCGUCGCAAGCAAGUGGUGUACCGAGUCGACCGGAUACGGUUUCAUCCGGAGGGACGUUCUUCACAGCCCAGGAAACGCAGCCACCGCCGCGCCAAGCGAGACCACAGGUCACUCUCUCCGAUCUCUGGAAUCAUCGGGACCGAGAUAGCUACCAGCAGGAGGAACCAGAACCUCGUCCGUUCACACCCGUAUCGUCAUCUACACAUUCAAGCGAAGCUUCAUCUGCUAUUCGACCACCGUCGUCUCGCACGUCUCAGGGGAGUGUUGCGCGUAAACCUGUUGCAAGAUCUCAGCACGCUGCUUCCGUUGCUGCUGAGCACCCAGAGCCAGCUACUGCCGCCGAUGCUGUCAGUUCAUCAGACGUGAUACCGUCUGGCCUGCGGCAGGACCCGGUGACAAACAUAUUUAACGGUCCGGUCAGUGUGGUCAUCAACAACUUUCCCGAAGAGCCCAAGCCCUCCCAGAAUCUGUUGAAGCAAGUCUUCAACAAGAGCAGGCAGACUAACAAGGGCAUCAAAGUUGUCGAACAGAAAGGACCAGGGUUUUACGUCAAGGGUAUAGCUGAAGCAGCACUAAAGAGUGGCACAACAUAUGUCAAUAAGAAGACAAGUUGGUUUCAGCCCAAGUCCUCUUCUACGGCUGAACAGUCUAUACUUAGGGAUUUUGAGGGAACAGGUCGAGCAUAUGUACCCCCAUUCGUGGACACGGGCAGCAUUGCUAGUCCUUUCCCUUCGAGACAGCCUUUGCACGUCGUGAACCCAAGUUCAUCGCGUUCGACUCCCACGAUGGCAACGACGCCAACGGUACCUGAGAUCUCUCAUCAAAUGAUGGCGACGGGUAUUACACCUCGAAGGUCAUCACGCUCGCCUCUGAGCAUGCCUGAGAUGAGCAGGCCACUGGAAUCAGAAUUGCCUGGACGACAGAGUGAUGAGCUCGCCAUUUCUCGGCCGUCUGCAUCGCAGCGGCCGGUGACGUCACCUCCGCUGCCAGCGACAAUACAGUCGAGGCCAAUGUCUCUGGAUGAAUUGACUGUGUCCCAGAUCUCCGACGUAAAUGGGAAUGCUGUAACUCCGCCUAGCGUCUGUCAAUCGAGAGUGAGAAGCUCCAUGGACAACGAUAGCUUCCGGUGCGGCUCCGAACUCCGGCCUGAGCCGCUGAACGUUCGCAAGCAGCCUCCUCCUGUGCCACCAAAGCCUUUGGAGCUGGCGAGCCCUGUUACGCGUACAGCACCUCCUCCGCCUCCCCUUGCGAGCCGCAACCCGAUGACGAGGCGUAUGCUUAGCGGGCAAGAGGAACCAUCUGGAUGGGUACAGCAACCAGUGCAUCUUCUUGUCAUGAAUCCGACCCAAAGACCAGCGAUGGGCUCACCGGAUUCUAUGAUGGUGACACCCCCAACACCUCGGCGGAUCAACGUCGAUCUGAACCGGCGCAGUAAUUUCGGACCAAUUGACACGAGCCUAGCGAAUGUGCCGCCUGGUGAACGUCGCAUCGAUGAGUUCAACUCGCGAUCAAUGAUGGAUCUGGGUAUGAUGGGUCAAGUAGGCAAUGCUGCGAUAAUGGAGCCACUGCGUGGACAGUACGAGCAGACCUACGCCCGUCCACCACACGUGCAGCAGGAAAGGCUGAACUCGGAUGCGAGGGCAAGGAAGAAGGAGAAAGACACGCAGAAGGCUUUGCGAAAGCAGUUUUGA